UGUGACGGUCAUCGAGUACGAAGCGAGUAGAUCGACAAUAGUGAAUUUCUCGAUAGAGAGAGAGAGGGAAAGGGAGAGAGAGAGAGAGAGAAAGAGGUGGGGGAGGGACAGAGAGAUAGAUAUACGUGUGUCCGUACACGUAUCCGUUCAUCCCUUGCGCGUUCAACCCCGCGGAAGCAGGACUGUUAGUAGUAGAAAUAUCAGAGCAGCACCGGCGCCUUCAGUCGUGCCACCACCAUUACCAUCAACCACCACUACCGCCGCCACCACCACCACCACCACCACCACCACCACCACCACCACCACCACCACCACCGCCACCACCACCACCUCCACCACCGGCAGCAUCGUCGUUCCCUUUGCGACCUGCUCCGGUUCGUAGCGUGAGAAACGCGCGCGGACUCUCGCGCUGCGUUCCAUGAGAGUAACUCGGCUACUCCAGAUCCGUUUGAGAAGUGUAGAAAUCGUGUGAGAGGAAUAUCUUAAUCGUGUCCUCCUAUUCAUCCUCUCAUCUUUUCCUCCAUUUCGUUAUCGUCGUGAUCGGUUCGUUCACCGAGUGACUUUCUGUCUCUCUCUCUCUCUCUCUCUCCCCCUUUCUCUUUUCCUCUCUCUCUCUCUCUCUCUCUCUCUCUCUCUCUCUCUCUCUCUCUUUCUCUCUCUCUCUUUCUCUCUCUCUCUCUCUCUCUCUCUCUCUCUUUAUCUAUCUCUCUCGAGGUUAUGUCUACCUUUUACCCAAAGAGUACUCAACAUCACAGUAGUAGUAAUAGUAAUAGUAAUCGUAGUAAUACUACCAACGUGUAUCCUUGUGCUACCGGGAGUGCCGGCAAAGAAGACAUAAAGUGUUCCAGUCUUCUUUCAUAUUGAGGAACAUAGAUCUAAGAAAAUUAACGUAGAAUUAUUAUACGGAGGGAAAAGUGGAGGAGACAUCGUGCAGAAGAGGACGACAUGUCCGCGAUGUCGCGGGGUCCGCCCCGCGCUCGCGGACCCACGCGGCGUAUCAAGAGGACGACGCCUCUUCCUGGAGGACUCGCCAAUAAUAUUAUCAACCAGAUUUCAUUCGUACUUCUGGUUAUCCUGCUUACCUUACUCGCGCCCUCCGUCGUUGCUGAGAAAAGCAAAGAAUAUCAGAUAAGCGAUAUUUGUAAAAGGAAUUUCAUGCAGGAUCUCUAUAGAAAAAUAGACGGUGCAGUUUUAACGUCUAAACAUGAAAGAGAUCUCGAUUGUGCCAUCACAUUUCAAACGCACAGCAUCCUACAACGUUUCAUGCUACGAUUCGAUCAACUUCAAUUGGAUUGUAACGAUCAUCUUUACAUCUACGAUGGCGCACAUGCGGUUGGCAGUUACAAGGCUGACCUGUCCUGCAGAAACACGAAGCACAGCGUUGGUGCGAUUUAUACGCGUACGAACUUCGUGACGUUGAAAUACGUCACCGACGCCUGGGGCACCAACAUGAAUGGCUUCCGGCUCGUCAUCACUGCCGUCAAGGAUCCCAAACACACCUGCAAGGAUUUUCGCUGCACUCAAAAUGAAUUCUGCAUCGAAACGGAUCUACUUUGUGACGGUGUGAAUCAUUGUGGCGAUGGUUCCGACGAAACACCCUCCACUCUCUGUGCCAACUCCGAGGCAUCGAUGAUCCUGGGUAUGCAGACGACCUGGUUCGCGGUUGCCUUCGUUUUCCUGCUCCUGAGUAUGGUUGGUCUGGUUACGGCAGCAGUUCUCUGCUUUUGUAGACAGCGAGCCUCGACCCCGAGGCACCCCCAUAAUGCGCACAAUGCUCAGACUCAUCCCCCUGUCAGCUUCCCAUAUAAAUCCGUCGUGGAUGGAUAUGAAUCUAAAAAUCUCUUUCAUUUAAUCCAACCGAUUCCAGUCGGUAUCACCAAAGCUAUAUACAGAUGUCUCGGUAUCGUUGUGUACCUCUCUUUAGGGAUUCGAAGCUCGUGGAGGUGCGCUCGAUACGUGCUUAUCCAUCGUGAGGUUUCCCUCGGCAACGAGCAGCACGUUUCGCGGCGGACAGUUUCGUCGCGAAGCUUGAACGACGACGUCCUAGUGAAGGAGAAUAAGAGAGACGAACCGAAGAGGAGAAGGAGUAGGAGUAGGAGGAGGAGGAGGAGGAGAAGGAGUAGGACCAUUUACAGAGGUGGAUACACCGGAGUCUUCUUCUCCAAUCUGAUGAAAGGACUACGAAGGCCAAUGAGAUCGUCGAAGAUGUCACAAGAGAAUACUAGAUUUAAUCUUAGCGAGUUAAUGCUCACCAGUUUCCUCUUAUUCGUUGUCUUAAAGUAUCCAACGAUCGGAGCUAUUGAGGUUAAUAAUAUCGUGGUUGGCAACGUUGACAAUGACAUUAGCAAGGAUUAUUUUAUUGGUCCGUGUUUGGUUAAUACCAAUCAAACUUGUCCCGACGAGGAGGUAACAUUUUUUUUAUACACUCGUGAUAAUCCAUUUAAGGGACAGAGAAUAAUUGUCACAGAUACGGAUUCUAAUCUUGACGUAACCAAUUUCAAUUCGUCUAAUCCAACGAAGAUAAUAGUUCAUGGUUACAAUUCCGAUAUGCUAAUGAGCAGUCUGGUUGAAGUCAAGGAUGAAUAUCUCAAGAAAGGAGAAUAUAAUUUGAUCGCAAUUGAUUGGCAUAGAUUAGCCGUUGGACCAUGUUAUCCAAUUGCCGUUUACAACGUACCUCAUGUCGGUCAGUGUUUAGCACAAUUGAUAAGGAGACUUGAGUUUCACGGUGCUAAGGAUCUACAUGUCAUUGGAUUCAGUUUGGGAGCACACGUGCCGGCAUUUUCCGCUAAUUAUCUUAAACCGUAUAAAUUGGAGAGAAUAACCGGAUUAGAUCCGGCCAUGCCAUUAUUCGUUGCUGUUGAUAAUGACGAAAAGCUUGAUUCUGACGACGCCAAUUUCGUUGACGUUUAUCAUACCAACGCUUUUAUACAAGGAAAACUCGAACCAAGCGGUCAUAUAGAUUUUUAUAUGAAUGGUGGUAUUAAUCAACCAGGAUGUUGGGAAAAUAAAAAUCCAUUUGGAUGUAAUCAUCAUCGAUCGGCCGAAUAUUUCGCCGAAUCUAUUAAUUCUGAAAUAGGUUUUUGGGGAUGGCCCUGUUCUGGCUUUUUACAAUAUUUAUUGGGUUUAUGCCCGCCAAGAUAUCCGGCUGUUUUAGCUGGCGACAAAGUUGAUAGAAAAUACAAAGGAUAUCAUCUGGUUAAAACUAAAUCACAAAGCCCUUAUGCCGAAGGAAUGUUUAUAGUUAAUCCCAAAGACGUACCAUACAUGGUUAAUCGUAAAUCAUAAACAUAAGUAUUAUUAUUAUUAUUAUUAUUAUUAUUAUUAUUAUUAUUAUUAUUAUUACAUAAAUUUCAAAUUAUAAAUCUUUAAAUAUUUUAUUAUAAUACUUUAAUAUCAAUUUUUCUAUUACAAUUUGUUCAGAUAUUAACACAUGUGAGAAUUUUAUCUUCUUUCUUUCUUUUUUUCUCUUCGUUUUUUUUUUUUUUUUUUCUUUUCUUUCGAUAUACAAACGCUUAUAUAAAUACAGUGAAAAUUGAUUUGUAGUCGUCAUUAUCAUUGUCGUCGUCAUCGUCAUCGUCGUCAUCGUCGUUAUUAUUAUUAGAGAGAAUAAAAUAGUAAAAAAUAUUUCUCUUAAAUUUUGUUCGUCGAUCGAAGUGAAUCUGGAUUAAACGCAUAUAUAUAUAUAUAUAUAUAUACAGUAGACAUGUAAAUGGUAAAAAGCAUGAGUAUAUAAAACCAUAUAUUCGUAUGUACAUACACACACACACAUUUACAUAUAUAUAUAAUAUAUACGUAUACAAGAUACGUUAUAUACUAAGAUAAACGUUCGAUAUUCCGUUUAAUAUUCACGCGUGUGUAAUAAAUCGUAGAGUGCUGGCCAGGAUCGUUUUGUGUGUUUAUCGUGAAUUUCUCUCUCUCUCUCUCUCUCUCUCUCUCUUUCUCUCUCUUUCUCUGUCUUUCUCUCUC